CUCGGCAGGUGGAAGAACCCGAGGCCUUUAUCUUCUGUCCAGCUUUGCCGUUCGGGUAGCCUCUGAUUUCAGGCAUCUCGUCAUUUCCGCCUGCCAACCUGUCUGAUAUGUCGGGACCCGUGCCGAGCAGGGCCAGAGUUUACACGGAUGUGAACACACACAGACCCCGGGAGUACUGGGACUAUGAGUCGCAUGUUGUUGAGUGGGGAAAUCAAGAUGACUACCAGCUAGUUCGAAAAUUAGGCCGAGGCAAAUACAGUGAAGUAUUUGAAGCCAUCAACAUUACAAAUAAUGAAAAAGUAGUUGUUAAAAUUCUCAAGCCUGUUAAAAAGAAGAAAAUCAAGCGUGAAAUCAAGAUCUUGGAGAACCUGCGAGGCGGUCCCAAUAUAAUCACUCUUGCAGAUAUAGUAAAAGAUCCUGUGUCUCGGACACCCGCUUUGGUUUUUGAACAUGUAAACAACACAGACUUUAAGCAAUUAUACCAGACAUUAACAGAUUAUGAUAUUCGAUUCUACAUGUAUGAGAUUUUGAAGGCUCUAGAUUACUGCCAUAGCAUGGGAAUCAUGCACAGAGAUGUCAAACCUCAUAACGUCAUGAUUGACCACGAGCACAGAAAGCUUAGACUAAUAGACUGGGGUUUGGCUGAAUUCUAUCACCCCGGCCAAGAGUACAAUGUCAGAGUGGCUUCCAGAUAUUUCAAAGGACCUGAACUCCUUGUAGAUUAUCAGAUGUAUGAUUACAGUCUGGAUAUGUGGAGCUUGGGUUGCAUGUUGGCUAGUAUGAUAUUCCGAAAGGAGCCUUUUUUCCAUGGCCAUGACAACUACGACCAGCUGGUGAGGAUAGCCAAGGUGCUGGGAACAGAAGAUCUGUACGACUACAUUGACAAAUACAACAUUGAGCUGGAUCCGCGUUUCAAUGACAUCUUGGGCAGACACUCCCGUAAGAGAUGGGAGCGCUUUGUUCACAGUGAGAACCAGCAUCUGGUGAGUCCAGAAGCUCUGGAUUUCUUAGACAAGCUGUUGCGAUACGAUCACCAGUCACGACUCACAGCGAGAGAAGCCAUGGAACACCCCUACUUCUAUCCCAUCGUGAAAGACCAAGCUCGGAUGGGCACGUCCAACAUGCCGGGCGGCAGCACUCCAGUCAGCAGCGCGAGUAUGAUGUCAGGGAUUUCUUCAGUGCCAACACCUUCCCCCCUUGGACCUCUAGCAGGCUCGCCCGUCAUCUCUGCCGCCACCACGCUGGGGAUGCCCGUGCCGGCUGCCGCAGGCGCCCCGCCGUAGGGAUGGGCUCUGUUCUGCUGCCUGGGCUGAGUCAGGUGGGGAAGAGGUCUCCCCCUCCGCCUCUCCUCGGGACGCAGCUCGUGCCUGGCAGGGGAAGGGAGGGGAUGAACGCUUUGGAGGCACCGUGUCUGAACUGUUGCUUGUGGAUUUAUAGUAGUUCAGUCAUUAUAUACAAAAUUAUUAUAGGCUGA